GAUGGUUUCUCAGGCAGAGGACCAGGUGUGCAGGCAGAGAGGGGAUGCUGAGAACCCCCAACUUUCUAAACAUGGUGAUAUUGUGUUUGGUGGAAUGUUCGCUUUUCAUGGUAGCUGGAAGAUCAAAAAAGAUUUAUACACAAGCAAACCACUGCCACUGGAAUGCAACAGGUAAAUAAAUUACUAAACUCUUGCUGUUAGCUACUAACCACUAACAGCACUACAAGUAAAUGGCUACAUAUAUAGAUAAAACACUAUGGUUUAACUAAUUGUGGAUUAAUGUUAAAAUGUAAUUAAUUAAUUUUGACCAAAUACUAUUUUUUGUUUAUAUUCACCCUAAUGAACAUUUUAGUUACCUUUUGUUUUUUCAAAAUGUUUACAUCAAGUUUGAAUAUAGGAGCCUUCCAGUUUGCUCAGGCUUUGCUUUUUACGAUUGAGGAGAUCAACAACAGCACAGACCUACUACCUGGAGUCUCUCUGGGUUAUAAAAUAUAUGAUACUUGUGGCUCCAUUGUCAGAAGUGUUAAGGCUGCUCUGCUCUUGGCUAGUAGUAAUGAAGCUGUGUCCAGACCCUCAGAGGCUCCGUGUACCAAACCUGCACAAGUGCAGGCAAUAAUAGGAGAAACCUCAUCGUCUCCAUGUGUGGCUAUAGCCACUGUUGUUGGACCCUUUCACAUCCCACUGAUCAGUCCCUAUGCCACCUGUGCUUGUCUCAGUGAUAAAUCCAAGUACCCAUCCUUCCUCAGAACAAUACCCAGUGACUACUAUCAGAGCAGAGCUCUGGCCCAGCUGGUCAAAUGCUUUGGUUGGACUUGGGUUGGAGCUAUUAAAAGCAAUGAUGAUUAUGGCAAUAAUGGCAUGGCCACAUUCACAGAAACGGCUCAGCAGCUGGGCAUCUGUCUGGAGUAUUCAGUAGCUUUCUUUAGGACAGAUCCACCAAAAAAGAUACAAAACAUAAUUGAAAUUAUCAAAUGUUCAACCUCUAAGGUGAUUGUUGCUUUUCUCUCUUACUUUGAUAUGAAUGUUCUCGUGUAUAAUUUGUCUCACCACAAUUUGACUGGUUAUCAAUGGGUUGGUAGUGAGGCCUGGAUCUUUGAUUCUCAAACUGCACAAAUGGAUAAGCAUCAUAUACUGGAUGGUGCUAUAGGUCUGUCUAUCCCCAAAGCACAAGUUAGAGGAAUGAGAGAGUUCAUAUUACGUUUGAGGCCAGUGAAUAUAUCGGGUAAUGACAUCCUAACAGAGUUCUGGGAGACAUUAUUUUGUUGUAAGUUCAAACAGUCAAACUCAGCUGAAAAUCUGAAAAAAUGUACUGGACAUGAAGAUUUGAGUGGUUUACAACACAGUUACACUGAUAUGUCACUUAUGCCCAUAUUCAACAAUGUGUAUAAAGGAGUGUAUGCUGUGGCCCAUGCACUUCAUAAGAUUUUUGACUGCAAUGACACGUGUAAUGUGUAUAAUGUGCAGCUGGAUCCAUUGAGGAUUUUACAGCACAUAAGAAAGAUUAAUUUCAUAACAAAGGAGGGAGAUGAAGUUUAUUUCGAUAAGGAUGGAGACCCACCAGCAAAGUAUGAAAUUAUAAACUGGCAACCAGCAGAAAAUGGUGUUGUGGAUUUUGUCACAGUUGGUCUAUAUGAUACAUCUUUACCUGCAGACAAACAGCUGAAUCUGCAAAAUACUACUUUAAGUUGGACACAGAAUUCAACAAAGGUUCCUGUGUCAGUUUGCAGUGAGAAAUGUUCCCCAGGAACUCAUAAGGUUCUCCAGAAAGGAAAGCCUGUCUGCUGCUAUGACUGUAUAAGAUGUGCAGAGGGGGAAAUAAGCAACAUCACAGAUUCCAUCAGCUGUGUGCGAUGUCCACCUGAAUUCUGGUCAAAUGACAAAAGAGAUGUGUGUGUAAAGAAGGAGGCAGAGUUUCUAUCCCAUGAAGAAAUGAUGGGAGCACUGCUCACUGCAGCAUCUUUAGGUGGAACAUGCAUGACAGCUGUUGUAGCUUUCAUUUUCUUCACAUACAGGAAAACUCCUAUUGUCAGGGCCAACAACUCUGAGCUGAGCUUCCUGCUGCUCUUCUCCUUGACUCUGUGCUUCUUGUGUUCUCUGACCUUCAUGGGUCGACCCUCUGAGUGGUCCUGCAUGCUGAGACACACAGCAUUUGGCAUCACCUUUGUCCUCUGUAUGUCUUGUGUUCUGGGGAAAACUGUGGUGGUGUUAAUGGCCUUCAGAGCUUCACUUCCAGGCAGUAAUGUGAUGAAAUGGUUUGGACCAACACAGCAGAGACUCAGUGUUCUGGUCUUCACUCUCAUACAGGUUGUAAUAUGUGUCCUGUGGUUAACGAUUUCUCCUCCUUUCCCUUUUAAGAACUUGAAGGUAGUCAAAGACAAAAUCAUCUUAGAAUGUGCUCUGGGCUCAGCUGUAGGAUUCUGGGCUGUCCUUGGCUACAUAGGUUUUUUGGCUGUGUUCUGUUUUAUUCUUGCUUUUCUGGCUCGGAAACUGCCUGAUAACUUUAAUGAGGCCAAGUUCAUCACCUUCAGCAUGUUGAUAUUCUGUGCAGUGUGGCUUACUUUUAUCCCAGCGUAUGUCAGCUCUCCUGGAAAGUUUAGUGUUGCUGUGGAGAUUUUUGCUAUUCUGGCCUCUAGUUUUGGACUGCUAAUAUGUAUUUUUAUUCCAAAAUGUUACAUUAUGUUACUGACACCAGAGAAGAACACAAAGAAGAAUAUUAUGUGUAAAGAAGCUCACAGGAGGUUUUGAAGAAGUUUGAAGUAUGACUGUCUCCCUAAUUUGGUGGAUGGUUGUGGUUGUGGUUGUGGAGAUUAUGUGUUUUUGAAAAAGGUGUUUCAAAAAGGAGUAAGUAUCCCACGCUACAGGGAUUUUUUUAUAUUUGCAUAUGGAGCAAACUAAUACUGAUGUGUGUAUCACUGCUGAAUAUGGCCACUCUAGUAGUGAGGUGAAUCUACAGUAAUGAGGAGUUAAUCUAUCUGGCCUCUAAUCUAUGUAUGUUUACAGUUAACUAUAUAAGAAUUGAAAAGAAUUGAUUGGGAAUUUGGUGUAUGUGCUGAAAUGUGAGGGACAUUGGAAGACCUCCAGUCUACCCGACACCAUCUACUGUAGAACCACCUAGUAGGAAAUGUGCUUAAACCUUAUGCUGUGCCUUUUAAUUACUUUUGUUGUGAAUUGAUGAUGUUUAAAUAAAAUGAACUAAUGUAAGGAUGUAAUGAAUAAAUGUCCACUGUCAACUUCAUCCCGACCCUGGAGCUAACCCAAGGAACCAUAAACAGUCCCUCUUUUCCACUGUUAUUGCCACUAAAUACUGUAGCUGCUAGUGGUUUUU